UAUACAUAUAUAUAUAUAUAUAUAUAUAUAUAUUAUACAUUAGGUAUAUUUGAAAUCUACCUAAAUAUAUUAAUUGGCUCGGAAAGUUUUAAUACUAUCUUUAAAAAUACUUUUAUUAGACAUGUAGGUAGAUAUUAUCAAAUAUAGGUACGCAAAGAUAGAGAUAAAAGAAAACUUAUUGAACUUUAUUGAGUGGUGCAGAUACACGUGAACUGUACAUGCGUCAUCAAUACUAAAAUACAUCGAAAUAAUAAAUCUCAGCUCACAACUUCUUUGUUACCAAUUCGAUUUUAUACGUUAAAAAAUUUUUAUUGACAGCAGAAUUUGACUUUUCAAUAACGUAAUAUCUCAUUUACUAGGAUAUUUAUAUUUAUUUAUUUUACGCACUAAAGAACUUACUGUCGAUUUUUAGCUUGUAAUUACCAAAAUAAUUAUCUAGUCAUAACUUAAUCAACAUAGCGAACUAAGUAUCCAUUUGGCAAAUGAGGGCGUGCGGCCCAGAGCAGCACACAUAAAUUACGUAAGCUUUUUAGUCUGUCCAAGCUUGCUGAUCAUUUAAGCGGGCCUGCUCCCCACUCGAACACGUUCUGAGAGAGCUUCGUUAGUGAAAAACUUAUGCUAUCAACUCAAUACCAAAAGCCAAAAAUCUUUUUACAAUGGGUUCACCGCCAUAGCAGAUUGGGGAGAUUACGUUACCCGCAAAACUCUAUGUCAGAGACAGUUUCUAAUUUAACAAUGUGAUGAGUCUAUUAUUCAAGUUCCGCUUUUUACCGUGAAGACGUAAUUGUAUUAAUUUAUCCGCGAAUUGGACACUUUUGUAUUUCCUUUUAAUAUUCAUAGCAUUAAAGUGUAAAGACUCGUAAUAGCAAUUGAUUAUUGAAUAUUUUUUAUUAAAAUCGUGUUUUCAUUUGAACCAUUACUUAUUUUCAAUUAAUUCAGUUGUUCACCUAGUCUAUUCCUGUUAAGUGAAUCCGUAAUGUUUCUGCUCUAUUUCAGCUUAAUAUAGACCGUGUCAUACAGCAUACUUCUAAUACACAAUUUUCGUUUAUUUGUAGUUAUAGUUUAUCAUUCUUAUUGGCACUCGAUCAACUCCACCAGCGCAGUUAUGCCUCGGAUCCGUUCUCGCAUUUAAUGAAAUUUUUGUAGAGAUUAUUCGUUACUUUAGGUCAGGGUUUCUUAAAGGUCCACGGGCUCCUUAGGAGUCCACAGCAUGUGAAUCAAGGGUCUACAGUAGCUCAAUUAACCCAUGACGUAUAAUAAAGUCAGUAUAACUGAGUCUAAUUAAACUGCCAAUAAAAGUCAGUUUUUAAUAUAAGGUUUCUUUUCAUUUACUAAAACUUUUUUUAUAGAUGUCUGUUGAACUAUUAAAUACUGAAAGUGGUGCUUUCUUGCAAAAAGUUUAAGAAACACUGCUUUAGGCAGAGACCAGGUGCGUUAAAUAGGAAACUACGACCAUAUUAAAUUUAUACUUGAUGUUCGUAUUGUUUACAAGUUAUAUUAAUGUGUGACAUAAUUAAAGAUGCAUCGAGUUUCUACUAUUAAUAAUGAUUUUUUUAUGUUGAAAGUAUGUUUUUUUUAUUAUAUUGACCUGUAGUUUGCCGAUUAAUACUAAAAAUACAAACUUUUUUCUUGUGUUGUAAGCACAAUGUAAGAAUUAUAAUUAUAAAAUAAAACUUUUCUUAUUUUUUGUUACCUUUGUUAUUUUAUUAAUAAUUGCACUGUAUUGCUAUAAAACUGAUGUUGAUAUUGAGUAAAAUGUAAACGCCCAAGUGUGUAGAUAUUUUUUUGUAUUGUUAGAUUUAAGUGCAUUUCAAUUUGUAGUUGUAGAACAUUAUGGGUAUGAACUUAUUGUGUAUAUCAUCUGUUGAAAUGUGACAUUGCAUUGUUUUUGAUAAUAAAUAUUAUAACAUUAUAUUAGUAGGCAUUUUAAUCAAAUCAAUUUUAAAGAAAAUAUAUGCUUGAGUGUCGUAGAAUACUCGGUUGGAACGAAGUUCAAAUUAUUUAUAUAAUACCACUAAUCCGCACUGGGCCCGCGUGGCGAGUCAUGGCUCAAUCUCCGUAUUCCAUCGUGUUGGUUGUUUGUGUGGAGCGACCUCUACAUCGAUAGACGUUUCUAACACGUCCAUCUUUUAUGAGUACGAGUUCCAUCUCGACGAAACCUGAGACCAAGACCUCUCGAUGAUGAUGUAGAAGUGGGCUUGAUGGUUAGCGACUGCCAUAACUUCGUCGCUUGCGAUACUACAAUUAUCACCUGUAGUUGUGUGCUCUGCCCGCACUAACGUGAGCGCGUACGUCUUGUACCUAGUACUUAGCGGCAUCGUUGGCCCUCAACACGCUCGCUUCGAUUCUAGCGAUGUCGACGCAGAGUCCCUAACCACCACUCCCGGUCCAUUACUCACCGCUCUCUGUCCAUCACUCACCGCUACCGCUCCAUCACUUGCCGCGCUUUGUCUAUCACCUCUGCUCCCGUUCCUCCACUCACCGCUCUAAAUCCAUCACUCACUACUCCCGGUCCAUCGUCCCCGCUCCCGGUCCAUCGUUCACCGCUCCCGGUCUAUCAGCCCCGCUCAUUUCUUGUCAAUUUUUAUUCUGGACUAUCUCACGAAAUCCAACGUCUAGUCUUGUAAUCCAGUCUCGUAAUCUUGUCCUUCUACUUCUCCUUAGUGUCAGCUGUACAUGAUAAACAACGCUGUCGGCUGCGAUGGCAUGAGUCACACUAUAACUAUUCAGGACUACUUCCUUUCAGUUCUUACACACAUUAUAUUUUUUUCCUUCGGAAAUGGGUCGUUUCCUUCCUUGUGGAUAAAAGACUUUAUCAUUCCUCUCCCAAAAACUAAUGUCCCAAACUCAUUAUGCCUGUACUGUGUGUACUGUAUUUCUAUGGUGCCCAUCAUUUCAAGUCUUGGAAGCAGUAGGCACUGGAAUAGUUUUCGCAAUUUAUACUGGGCAACUCUUUAUUGUCAUAAUUUGAAUCUAGUUUUCGCCCUGAUAGACCAGGGUCGAUAAUUUUAAAAAUGGUGAAAAGUGAAAAAAAAUUAUAGUAGGAUGAAACCCAUUACAAAAGGUAGAGAAUAUAACAAAAAUGAAAGGAAAAAUAAAUUACGGGCGAUCUGAGGUCGGGAAGGGGGAGGGGGUGAGUUUUAAAGGGUAAAAAAUGGUUAAUCUCGAUUUCCGGUAAAACUGCAAGUCCUAUGAAAAAAAGUUAAAUCGCAAAGUUGUAGGUAAUAAAAAGAUCGACACUUUUUUCACAUAACCUCAUAAUGUAUGUGAAAAAUGCGAAUAACCGAGUUUUUGGUUUUUGAUUUUUAUUUUUUGCAAAAAAAUUUUUUUUUCACGAAAUUUGGUGAAAACUUACCUUUGUAUGUCGUAUGCCAAAACAUACAGCAAUUUUUUUGAUUUAAAAUAUUCAUUUUUUCACCUUAUUUUGACUUAAUAUCGAAAAAGCACCCUUAUUUUCAAUCGAAAAUUCUCACGUCAAAAUAUCUGCUUUUUUAAAAAAGUUGGGGUGUUUUUUGUUUGUUGAAAUCUCUACUUUCUGAUGGUAUAAAAAAAUAUACACUACUAUGGUAAAUGUUCUCAGAAAAUGCAAAUUAAUAAUGAAAAAAACUCGAAUCACAGUAAGUAAAUAAUGUUAAAUCAAUCAUAAUCCUCAAUCAACUGUUGGUUUUAUCACACAAGGGACCGGAUGACAUCGUAACCUCCAAGCAAUUUGGAAUUUCAAGGAAUAUCGUCUAUUAUGUACGUGGGUACUUACAUAUCGUCCUUCAUAACUGUAGUUACAAAUUAGUUUUAGCUAGUAUCAUCUCUUAACCUUCUAUGCUAUUAUGGAAUGAAAGUAAAAUAAAUAAUGCUUAGAAUAGGUAAGUCUACUAAAUACAAGUCAUUGCUGAAAGCAAAAGUCUGUCAACUGAAUGGGCUAAUUCGCAUGUUAUUGUAGGAGAUGAUGAAAAUUAUAGGCUUUUUUUUAUUUUAAAUAAUAAAAACACCCGUCUCUCUUAAUUCUGGAUAACAUCCUAGACCCGACCAGUACCCUUAGCACGAACCACCACGGUACUGAAGCCUUUUCGGAAACCGGUUUGUUCGGGAGGUUAGAAGUCGUCAAACCUGCGAGCGAGGCGAUUCGUUAUAACUCUCGAAAACAACUUAUAGAUUUUCAUUACAUGAUCUAUUCAUACUCUAUUAUAUUAUGAUAGACGUGCCCUCACAAAACAGCUUUGUAGCAAAUGAUGAAGUUUCUUUAUACAGCGGUGCACUCCCCUACACCUUCCAAGCCUCACUGGUUUUCUGUAAGAACAAACUCACUUUUCACCGCGUUACUCGCCGGUGCGAUUUAAAAAUGUGAAAUUCUUGUUUAAAUCACACAGCGGAUUCCCUAAGCGAAAAGUGAAUUUGUUUUUGGAGAAUAAUAGCACUGUUAUUUCAAGUGUGAUGUUCAAGUGUGCGGAAUUGAAAUCACUCGACGUCCUGAAAGCUAAUAGACCCGAUGGCAAUCUAGUUCUUAAAGUCAACAGUCACCACAGUAUUGUAUAAAGUCCUAAAAAAGGUCCUUAACAACCACCUGACACCAGAGAAUUCCUUUUUUUUAAUGCACGUCAAUACAGCUUUAGACCGAAAAGAGCGAUGAGUGAUGAUAUUCAAGUGUAUGUAACUCUGUUAAGUGGAAUAGUCAAUUCACUAUAGCCUUAAAAUAUAGUAAGGCUAUAGUGGAUGGACUAUUUGCCUCGACCAUUAAAAAUCAGUUCUGUUCCUGAUUGGCUGAUCAAUUCUGUUCCUGAUUGGCUGACUUGGCAUGACUGUAAAAUUUGUUUUCUCACGAAUGGAAAUACUUCGCUGUCAAGUCAUCAGGCUUCCAAAAGAACAGGGCAUUCAUUAGGUACCAGCUAAAACCAGUUUGUUCUACAAGUGGACUUUCAUCUAAAAGUCAAAAUCACGUACCAUCAGGCGAAACUCGUUCUCACAUAAAAGAAAACAUAUAAAUCAAGUACACAAUGAGGCGAGGACACUGGCCGACACGCCAAAAACAGGGCUAAUUGUUAAAUCCGCCUUUGUCACUUUAAAUGUGCGGGCAAGCAAUUUUAUACGAUAUUUAAUUAAAAAGGAUUCAGGCACCUGUCAGAGCUUUACGGAUGACGAUGAAAAGGACAUUUUCCUUUUCAAAAGCUUAUGUAAAUUUAAGAAAAGCUUUUUUAUCCUUAUCAGGCCACCUAACAAUAGGGAAAUUAACUGUGACACGCCACCUUAUUGUGCUAUAUUGUAAGGUAAAAUUUGGUUUGAAAUGUGCUCCCAGUGUCUUUUUAUAAGUAUUUGGCAAGACGUAAAAAUUCCCUUUUAUUUUUAAGCAAAUUUCAAUUAUAUUAUUAAUCAUAAAUAUCCUUAUAGCAUUGCAUAAUAGCGCUAGUUCACAAGCAUAACGCAUCAACCAGCCUUCGCAGAGAUUUUUAUGAGAACAAUAUAUUUUUAAUAAUAAUCUCUUACAAUAAAUCUAUAUUUAUUCAAUGUUUAAAAAAUAUCGUUUUGUCAUUCAUAUUUUUUUUCAUAGAUUAUGUAAAUUACUUUUAAUGUGUCUUCAAAAUAAUUUUAGAUAAAUGGAUACAAAGACUGAAUACGUAGUAAUUUCUAAUAAAAACCUAAAAGAAAGUGAAUACAUUAACCUGCUGUAAAUAUUUAACCAAGACCUAGUUCUUCCAAAGCGUAUUCUUUAUUCACUACUCUCUUGGACAUACCUGCCUUGGUACAUACAUGCCUGUACUUGCACAUAAAAUUUUCACUGUACAGUCAAGGCCAGGUUCAUAAAUAAAUUUGAUAUUUAAAAGAUCUUGGACUUUGCAAUAUGGGCAAUAUUCACAGUUUUGCCACCUUGGCUUUUUUUAAGGCGCCAAGUCAAAGGUAAAAUAUCGCCAGAUUUCAAAAAUUUGGAUUUAAUAAAAUACACCAAAAUCCGCUAAAUUACAAUUACAUCACUGAUAACAAAAAACCCUAAUUUAAAUAAAAAACCAGUGAAUACGUAUGAGAUGCUACAUAAAUAACUGUAUCCCGCUAAAUUCUAAAUUAAAUCUAAAUUAGUAAAAUUUUGUUAUUUAAAAAAAAUGGCAAUAUUGUUUUUACUUACUUAAAACUUUUCCGAGCGUUACCUUAGUAGUACUAGAGAAUGAAAUAAAACCAGGUUUAUAUGUAUUUACAUUCAUUAUUUAUAAUCAAGAAAUAAAUCAUAAACAAAAUGUGAAAUUUAAAAUUCAAUAUUGUUAAAUGUUACAUCUUCUAUAACUUCAUCGUCGUUCAUAGACGCCGACGCUUCUGUCAAUGAAGCCGAUGUCUUUUGUCAAUGAAGCUGAUGUUUGGUUGCGGCUGUAGUGGAUUUUUGAAAGAGUAUUUUGUGUUUUUUAAAUGAUAUCUCUUGAUUGCCGGAUAGAAUUUACAUUAUUGGUUUGUACUUUUUUGUUUCAGCAUGUCUUCUCAAAUUUACUACUCUUGCUAAUAAUUCUGCUUUACAAAAUGAACAAAACGCCUUCGCAUCAACACCUGCUAAAGGUUUAAGCCAGGUUUGGAAUUCGUCGAGUGAUUCCCAUUCUUUUCUAUACUUUUGUAUGUAAUUUUUUUUCUUGAAUAGAAUUUCCAUAAUAACAUAUAAUUGAAUACUCUAAACAUAUAGCUUCAGGAGUUCACACACUGUUACAAACGUUUCUAUCAAAUCAAACUUUUACACUUUUUAACAACACAAUGAACGCGAACCUAAUACCUAAAACAGAAUGAAUGAUUGAAGGAAGCCCUUAACAGACAAACAAUUUUAUUUAAUGUUAUCUGGAAUGAAGUAUAGUUGCUGCUAAACUGCUGGUUAAAAAUACAUUUUAACUUUUCCCAAAUAUCUACAUAAAACCAGCAAAGCCUUACUUAAUAUAUAGGGGGCAAACGAUCUAAUCCUAAAUUGAAACGGUCGACACGGCAGAAUUUAAAAUAGCAACGGCCAAACACGAAAACAAUUUUUAAACUAAAUGUUUACUCAAUAUAAUAAAUGAAUAAAUAACACCAACACUCACACCAAUUAGCCUAGCUCCAAAGUAAGCACUGUAUGGCUUGUGUUAUGGGAUAUUAGGGUAACGAAUAGAAUACAUAUAUUGUACAUAUAUGAGUAUAUUUAUAUAAAAAUACAUAUUUAUCAUCCAUGACUGGAGUACAAAUGCUCGUAUUCAUCACACAAACAUUUGCCCCCACCGGGAUUCGAACCUGGGACCUCUAUAAACCACUCGGCCACGGAGGUCGUCAAUGAGAUUUUAUAUAUACAUAUAUCUUAUAUAUAAAAUUGUCGUAUCACAAUGUUAGUUACCAUACUCCUCCGAAACGGCAUGAAAGAUUUUCAUUAAACUUUAUAUGCAUACUCAGUAAGAUUGAGAAUCGGCUACAAUAAAUUUUUCAUACCCCUUAGUGAUAAGGGUUGUCCACCCCUAACAUUUCCCUUUUUUUGGACAAAAUUUUCAUUUUGUAUUCUUUUAUGGUUCUUCAUAAAAAAAUAUAUACAACCCUAAUUUUUACCCUUCUACCACCAGCCCCUAUUUUUAUGUCGCUACGAAGUUCGCUGGGUCAGCUAGUAUUAUUCAAUAUUUAAAAAACUGGUCCUUGCUCUUUGAAUAUAGCAAAAUAUGAUGACAGAAAUGAUGGUUCGAACUCGACAAAUCAAACUCUCAUGAAACUCAGUCGAAAGAUAAUUGAAAGUGUUAUGACUUGACAACUUCGAAACACCUUAAUAAUCUCGCUAAGCAAAAUUGAAAGCUCGAUGUUCUCAGAUUUGAAAUCCGUACACUCAGCGUUCUAAUAUGAGCACGAGCUUACCACUAGACCAUGACGCUAUGGAUUCACAUACUUCCUACUUUCAUUGAUUACAGAAAAAAUCAUCGAACGCUCCUGUUGUUCGUUGGUGCCACAACCUUAUAAUAAAAAGAAAUACCACCCAUAGAUCCGGACUGGGCCCGCGUAGGUCUAGGCAUGGCCCAAUCCCCCUGUUGCCGAAACUGGCAGUUUUUAUACCAUUUAUUUUGAAUGUUUUUGGGUAUUUUUUUUGACUUUUAUUGUCACUUACAAUUGUAUACGUAAUUAAACGUCAAUUAAGAAAAAACCGCAUUUUAAUAGUUUUCCUUAUAUUUUUUGGUGUCAAAGUGUUUAAGUAAAUAUAAUAUGCUUACCAGAAGCCAUGCCGCCGCUAAGGCAAAUAAAUCUAAUAAAAGUGACAAUUCUGUGGCAUCGUCGUCGCGUUCAUCGGCUACAGUACAAGUACGAGUGCUUGAAGCAGAGGCGCAACAUUUGCGGCGCAUUGCAGACCUAGAGCGCGCCGAGCGUGAGCGCGCCCUGGCCGCGGAGCGUGCCGUAGCCGAAGCUGAGCACCGUGCUCAUAAUGCUUCCCUCGAAGCUUCUACUGGAAGUAAGGGCAGCAGUCGACAUUCAAGCCGCAGAUCGAAAGUAGUCCAGGAGUGGCUAAACCGUGGAGAUGGUAACGAGUCUACGAUUAACUCUAUUCCACCCCAGACGUGUAUGGAAACGUCGCACCCUAAAGUCCCAGCGACUGUGCCCUACUUAGCACCUGAAGUCGUGACGACUGUAGGGGUGCCACUAGACGUAACCUCGUCCGCUAUGGGGCGUGAGGACACUACCCAAAUACGUGACCGUCACCACAACCCUCUUAACCCACAGUUGCAACCCUGUACCUCUAAUACUUUCCCCACUAAUUGUAAUAAUAAUUUCAGAGCGCCUUUAAAUGCAUUUGCGCCACAAGGUGGUACACCCUUUACCACCGCGUAUGCGCCACACGUUGGGACGACGUCUAAAGAAAUUGACACGUUACGGCUAGCCGAAGAAGUCGCCAAAAUUGCGGCUGCUACUGCUACACUACCGAAGUCAGGUUUCGUUAGCCUUCCCUUUUUUGACGGCAAACCAACCGAAUGGCUUGUUUUUGUUGAAGGAGACGACAAAUCAAGCUAGUGCAACUGCAUGGUAAUAAUGUUUGUCGUUGACUGAACUUUGACGUGACAUUAGAUGAAUACUUGAUUUGAUAGCUUCUGUCUGUGUCAGUGA